AUACUUUGAAACUGGGAUUUGAUUUUCACAAGGACAAUAGUUUUGAAAUUCUAGAAGGAAGCUCUGUUGUUGCAAGCGGGGAAAUAAGAAAAUGGGAGAGUACUACAUUUUCUGAGCCAGAGCCUUUUUACGACUGUGACGAAGCGUCAACUGUUGAUGGAACAGAUUUGUACAAUGAUUUAAGAUUAAAAGGAUACGAAUAUGGACCUGAAUUUCAAGCGAUAGCAAAAAUGAGUCUCGACGGCUCUAAAUAUAUUUUACAAUGGAAGGAAGGCAGAUGGAUACCAUUUUUGGAUGCAUGCUUAGCUACUUUCUUACUUUCUGACAGUGAAAAUGACUUCGUUCUACCUACUGGUGCUCUUGCUAUCAAAAUUGAUCCAAAUGCUCUGAAGAGGAAACUUGAAACUGAUUUAAAACAUAAAGAGGUACCAGUGAACAUCAAUCGAAAUACGAAAAUUUGCCGUUCUGUUGGCAUAGAAAUCGAAAACAUAUAUUUUGAAAUAGCAUCUCGUCGAAUAAAAAGUACCCAACCUACAGUGGAAGCUCAUACUUUUAUACCAUAUGAAUUCCAACACACAAUCGAAGAAGAUUGUAAAGUAGAUCUUUACCAAUACAUGCAAACGUGUAAUGAGCUGCUAGAUAUUGUUGGUCAGAAGUCAGAAAAUAACGUAGAAAACAUAAAAUUUCAGUUAAAAAAGCAGGAAGAUAUUGAUGGAAAUGUUUUUGAAAAGUUUCCAAGGAACUUAAGUUUUCUGAAAUGUUUGAAAGAAUUAUCAAAAGCAGAAACCUUAGCAGAAAAAACGCCCGUAGAACUUCGUUGUUAUUUAAAAGAAUUUGGAAAUGAUCUUUUAAACACAACAAUGAUCAAAGGAUAUGGUUUAAAGAUUAUGUUAGAUAUAAUAGAAGAAAAUACGUUUCAAAAGCUGAAUAUCUGCGAAAUAAGUUCCAACUUUACCUCAAUCUUGCCCGAGAUUGAUAUUUUAGCAAAGAAAAAUUCUUACUUAAAGUUUAAAAGCUACACACUUAUAUAUGAACACAAAAAUUCAGUAGAUAAAGACAUUUUCUCAAAGAGUGGUAUUAAUUUAUGCCCUUCGUCAUUAAUAUCAAAACUAACCAGUGAGAAGAAAGAAGAUGUUGCUGUUUCUUCCUUUUAUUGUGGCUCGUCCUCCGAACUAAAGCAACAGAUUGAAACAUUAUGUUCCAUCCUAUCAAAAAACGGAUUUAUAAUUUUUUACCAUAAAGAAAAACUAACCGACCUAGAAAAAUUCUUAUCAAAGCAGUGUCAUGAAAACAUUCCUAUACAGUCUCGCUCUACCCUGGAAAAUAUUCUUCAUGAAAACAAACUGGAGGUUGUGAGCUGUGCACGUGAUAUUUUUGGGUCGGCACUGUAUCUACUCCGCCCUGCUGUAUCAGGCGGAAAUCACGUCGUCGUAAAAAUUACAGAAAGUCAUGAUUUUCGUUGGGUCGAAGAACUUAAACGACGUAUGAAACAGAGUGAUAAAGAAUAUUUAUGGCUUGUAUCAGAAGAUGAUUCCAGCAGUGGAAUACUUGGACUGGUAAAUUGUCUGAAACUAGAACCUGGUGGUGAAAGAAUAAGAUUCAUGUCUCGGUCUGGAAUUCUCUGGUCGAGAUGUGAGAGGCCGUCGAAUAUGUGGACUAUUAAAAGGCCAUGGAAUGGCAACAACCACCAUUGUAAACCCAGCACUUGUUGUCGAUGUACCGGACGAGUGGAGUCUAGAGCAAGCCGCUACUGUACCCGUAGUUUAUGCUACUGUUUUAUAUGCCCUAAUAAUGCGAGGAGGCCUCACUAGAGGACAAAGCAUACUCAUACAUUCCGCAACUGGUGGUAUUGGAUUAGCAGCUACUCGAAUUGCAAUUCAUUAUGACUGCGACAUAUAUGUGACUGUUGGUAGUGAACAGAAGAAAAAAUAUUUAUGUCAUCUCUUUCCUCAACUGAAGAAGGAAAAU